UUAAGUGGAAAUAUAUUAUUCGUAUUCGUGUCAUUAUAAUAUAAAAAAAUUAUUAAAAUAAAUUUGCAUUAAUUUUUCAAACUUCCCGCUGCUUAAUAGGUCAAAUGUGAAGCUUUCAGAUCAGUUUUUCUACCUAGGCGAGUGGCAGGUGUAAGGUCAUGAACCUUGCCCAAUGCAACAAAUUUCCUUGUUUAAAAUUCAACGAAAGGUUGUGAUAUUUUAGCCACACACACCAAGAAUAUGUCGCAAACGUGUCCAGAUAAAUGAGAGGUAAAACGAGCAAUUAAUUAUAUUCUGAAGAUGGAACAAAAUCUAAAAACAGAAAUGCAAAGUGUAAAGUCAGAAAUGCUUAGUGACAAAAAUAGAACGCCCGCAAACAAUAUGUGUCUCUCAAUUGAACUUUGUGUGGUUUGCGGAGAUAGGGCUUCAGGCCGACACUAUGGGGCAAUAUCAUGUGAAGGUUGUAAAGGAUUUUUUAAAAGAUCAAUUCGUAAACAGUUGGGAUACCAAUGUAGAGGCAGCAAAAACUGCGAAGUAACCAAACACCACCGCAAUAGAUGCCAAUAUUGUAGGCUUCAAAAGUGUUUGGCAUGUGGAAUGAGAAGUGAUUCCGUGCAACACGAAAGAAAACCUAUAAUUGAUAAGAAGGAAUUCUCUGGUAAUGCAACAAGUAAUUUCAAUGCUGCCAAUGUAAAUGCCGUAAAAGGAAUAUUUAUUCGAAAGGAUCUUAAUACCGACUCCACUCCACUUAUAACUAAUCCCUUUAAUCAGUGUGAUUUGGGACUUCAGUUUCUUAGCAAGAGAAUAAGUAGUAACGCAACAACAGAUUCCUUUCACCUGUCACCAUCCCAGAACAGCAUAGAUGAUGAAGUAUCUAUGGACAGUACAAAUACAGGGAAUGAGCUUUCUGAUGCUCUCAAUGUUGCCAGAGAAAAACAGUUAAUUUCCAAAGCUUUAGAUACUAUGGCUAGGUUACAAUGCUUAAAUGGUACAGACAUUAAAACAUUAUCUAGAGAUGAAAAGUCUUACGAUUAUGAAGGUCCAAUUCUCCAAGAGCAGCAUGUCACCUUUAAUCUUCAAACCCCUGGACCUGUGCCUCCAUAUUUACAUAUACAUUACAUAUGUGAAAGUGGCUCUAGACUUUUAGUGUUGUCAAUUCACUGGGCCAAAAAUAUUCCAGCAUUUCAGUACUUAAGUACAGACAUACAGGUAUCAUUGUUAAGAGGCUGCUGGGCAGAACUCUUCACACUGGGAUUGGCACAAUGUUCCCAAUCUCUUUCACUAUCCACAAUUUUAUCAGCAUUAAUCAGUCAUUUGCAUGCUUCCAUUGCUCAAGAUAAAAUGGCUGCUUCCAAAGUAAAGCAGCUAACAGAUCAUAUAGUAAAACUGCAAGAUUUUGUUAAUUCCAUGAACAGACUGCAUGUAGAUGAAGAAGAAUAUGCUUAUUUGAAGGCCAUUACUUUGUUCAGUGUGGAUCAACUAGAUGUGUUACUUAGAAAACCUGUAGAAAAGCUUCAAGAAAAGAGUUUUCAAGCUUUAAAAAAUUAUAUUAGUAGUAGUUCAGGAGAUGCUGAUAGGUUUGCCAGGCUACUGCUCAGAUUACCACCUUUAAGGGCACUGGAACCAAGCAUAUUGGAAGAAUUAUUUUUUGCUGGACUUAUUGGUCAUGUUCAAAUAGACAGUGUGAUUCCAUACAUCCUUAGAAUGGGAACAAAUUCUACAAAUAUGACUAAUAGCAGAAUGGUAAAGUCAGAGUUAGAAGAUUUUUGUAAAUGACUUUAUCUAUUUUUCUAAACCCUUAAUGUAUAUCUGUUAAUAUAAUCAUCAAGUUCAUAGGCAUAACAUAUUUUAUAUAAAAAGACAAAAUAUUUUUUGAUCAAGAUUGUAUAAAAGAAUAUUUUCCUAAAUAUAUACAAGUGUAAGAACUAAAGCUUGUUGUAAAGCUAGUUAAAUAUUAUUUAAAGAAAAUUAAAAAUAUAUAUUUAUAUUUAAUAUUAUAUUUUGCACAAGGCAACAAUCUUUAUCAGCAUGAAGUGGGUGCAAUCUUAUGUGCAAUUUUUGCAUUAGUUAAGACAUAACAAUACAUAACUGACCAAAGAAAAUAUUUCAAUUGUAUGUAUUUGUUUUGCUUUAUUUGUCCAUUUUUUUAUUUCUUAUAUAAUUACUUGCUUUGCUUCUCUCUUUUAAAACUCUGUGCAUUAUGGUGUGAAUACUUAAGGAUUGAGAUAAAUAUGGUAUUUAUGGUUGGUAUGUAUUUAAUUGAAAUCUGAAAAAUAUUCUUAAUCUUUUAAAUAACCGUCCACUAUAUAUAUCAUGAAUAUUCUCUUAUAGAAACGUAGAUAAAAAUACUUGAGAUAGCAAAGACAAAGAAAGUUACAAGUAGCCUGUAUAGUAUAUUUUUAUGUAAAACUUUUUAAUCCUGCAGUGGCGUAUUUUAAUAGGGACCAUAUACAUAAAACCAAAUAAAAUAUUUAUACUAGUUUAUUGUGGUGUUCUCUUACAUUGUUUCUAUUUAACUAACAUAUUUUUAUAUAACUAAUGUUCUUUAUUUAACAUUUUAUUUAGCAAUAUCAAAAUUACUUCCUUGUAUAUAAGAUUUUGCUUUGUGCGUUGUAACACUUAAAUAGUUUAGUUUAUACUCCCAGUGUAAUAAUAUUUUUUUCUUGUAUUACUUAAAAAUCUUAGUCACUUAAAUGUUUUAUUUAUUUAUGGAUAUUUUGUGAUAGAGAGGAUGAAGAGUGUGUGCCUUCUUGUCAAAUGUAGUGACAAUAUAAAAAGGAUACAUAUAACAAAAUACAAUUCAACUUAUGAUUUAAGUGUAAUAAAAAUAUUUUAUACAU